CCUGCCAAUCACUCGUUGCUAUGCUGCUGCCCUCUAACCCCGGAUUGCCGACGUGGACCAGUGGCGGGUGAGCACGUCAGAGGUGUUUCUCCCAGCAUCCCCCGGCGCGGCGAUGGCGGACAGCGGGCUGGGCGAGUGGUACCGUGGCAUCCCCCUGGUCACCCGCUACUGGUUCACGGGCUGCGUGGUGCUGCCGGUGCUGGAGCGGCUCAACGUGGUGAGCGGCAGGUCCCUGGUCCUGUGGUCCGACCGCUUCUUCAACGACUUCCAGAUAUGGAGACCUGUGACUGCAUCUCUGUUUUACCCUAUGGGAUUCCAUUACUUGAUUCAGCUGUACUUCCUGUAUUCGUAUUCCUCCAGCUUGGAAAGAGGAUUCUUUGAUGGGAGGACAGCCGACUAUGUAUUUAUGUUGUUUUUCAACUGGAUUUGCACAGUGAUUGUUGCAUUACUCAUUGGAAUGCCUAUAUUGUUUAUCCCACUAAUUUUGACGAUGGUUUAUGUGUGGGCACAACUGAACAAAGACCAGAUUGUGACAUUUUGGUUUGGAAUGACAUUUAAGGCUUGUUAUCUACCUUGGGCUCUGCUAAUAUUCAAUUAUAUACUGAGAAAUGCGAUAAUGGAUGAGCUGGUUGGUAUCUUUGUUGGCCACAUGUACUAUGUUCUUAUGUUUAAAUACCCUCAAGAGUAUGGAGGAAGAACAUUUCUUAGUACACCACAAUUUCUGGUCCGAUGGUUUCCACCAAGGAGAGGUGGUGUGUCUGGCUUUGGAGUCCGGCCGGCUAGUAGAAGACCAGAAGCUGGAGGUCAAGGAGCUCGAUGGGGAAGAGGGUAUUUCUGGGGCCAAGGUCAAAGGCUAGGAGACAACUGAACUUUUUUUUUUACAAAACAUACAGCCCAACAGCUGCAUUUGAAUCACUUUCUGUACAAUACGUGUUGCCUGACAGUAUCUUGGUGUUCUGAAGUUAUACCUGAAAGAUGAAUAAUGACAAGGGAUACCAGUAUGAGUACAACUUUGAAGAAAUAAAAUAUUCUAAUAUAGAACAGUAUAAACAUACUCCAGCAGGUUGUAGCUGCCAUGAAUCUGAUUUAAAAGGUUCUAUAGUUGAUCAAAGCUCCUAAUUUUUAAGUUGGUAAAUACUUGCAGCCAGAUGUUCUUCCAAUUACCACAAGUAACCCUCAAAGGAUAUCUUCCUUCCAACCUUUCCUUGGGGUAUUCCACAAAUUGACAGGAUAUAUAUAUGAUUGCAAAAUUCCCAUACUCUCUUGCUCCCCUCCACUUAACUAUGCUAGGCAGGCCCUGCAUGUACCAGGUGGCAGGGAACUUGUAGAAAAGGAUGAAUCAGCAAAUGGCAUUUUGCCCCUGGGCUAAUGGGAGAGAGAGAAUGUUACUUUGUCUUGCACAAAUUCUGAUUAAAUUAAUUAAUAGUCCCUUUUGUUUCUGUUCAGUACAGAUAGAACAUUAGGUCUGCCAGCUGAUGAGAGAAUAUUUAAUUUUGUGUACUCAGUUGUUCUGCUCAUUUCUUCAAUACAGAUGUUGGUGAAAUUAUCACCAAACUGUCUGUUAUUGUGUUUGAGAACCAAAACAGAUUGGGUUGAUCCUUCAGUCAGAAUUAACACCCUGCUCAAACCGAUCUUUUGUUUUUCUUGAUUCUUCCCAUUCUUUUUUUAACAGGUUGCUGAACAGUACCAAUUGAGGAAAGAUUUGCAAAGUUAGCUUGCCCAACCUCAGCCCUGUAUUUGAUCCAUCCUUUGGUGAGGAGCUGGUGGUGCACUGUUUACCUCAUAUCACAAAUCAACCCCAUGGCAUAGAGAGCAUGUAUAUUAUUUGCCACCAUGCUUUGCAUUUCUGAUUUGGAGGUAGUGGAUAAAAAUUUGAAGUACUAAUUUAUACACUUGCAAAGUCAGCUGCAGUGCAUCUCUUCUUGCAGUUGGGUGGCCAAACAUGCCAAAAUUUCACACCUCUUGAACUUCAUUUAAUGUAUGCAUCCUCAAUCUAAAAAAAAUGCUUUCCUACAUUAACUUUUGUUAGAGAGACUGACAGGUAAUAUUUAACAUCCUCCUUUAAAUACUUCAUGCUCCCACAGGUAAUCUAAGUUAUGUUACAGGUCUUGUGUACCCAUACUUUUUUCCAUUUAAAUUAGACUAUCCUUUAAACUGGAAUGUUGUUGCACUGUAAUUAUGUCAACACUGGCAGUAGACAGUGCAGCACCUCCACUGGCAGAAAGGUGUAAUUAUUGAGCAAAGUUUACAUAGGCUAUUACAAAUGUGGGAAAAGGUUGAAGGUGUCCAGAAUAGAAUUGCAAGAGGCCAGUGAUUUUAUUUCCAUCUCCACUUUCUGCUUCAUCUGAGAACCUUACUAUGUUCAAUUUACACCAUGCCAUGAGAGAUUGAGUAUUUCAUUUUAAUGUAGUCUUGCAAUUGAAUUUAACACCACCCUUUCGUAGUUGAAAAGAACAAAAUUGCAAAAGGCCCACUGAUCCUUAAUCCACUUGUAAAUUAACAGUUAUGAAUGGGAAAGCUUCCUACCGGAGUACAUGGACACGUAAUUAAAUAUUGUCUUGCCACAUCAGUCUGUGUGAGGGGAUCUUCAGUCCAGUCACUUUAGGCAAAGCUCCUGGGUGGGGGUGUGGAGUUAGUGAAUUAACAUUAUUCUGCAGUAAGCUAGACUAUUGGUUUGGUUAAACUCCAUUUUAAGUUGAAUGUUAUUGUAUGGUCCAGUGUAGAUUUGAGGUUUGAUAGGCUAAUUACCCUUUUGAUUCAAAGUUUCAAAAACGAAAUUAAAGCUCUGACAGAUCUGGGUAUAGUCACUGAAAAUAAUUUGAAAAGCCUAGAAUUAUUUUUAUCUACAUUAUACUAUAUUUAAAUACAUUUAUCUCAGCUUGGAUUAUAAAAUGUAUGCUCCCAGAAAAUUAUUUAAGAAAAGACUUUGUUGUAUUUGGCUUUUCUGCUACUUGUGGAAAAAUUAAUCUUUAGCACAAAAACCAAUUUAUAUUGAAUAAUCUGUUCCAUUAAGGAUGAAUAAAAAAAUUAUUGGUGAAUCUCACUGCAUACAGUUGGUGUAUAUUGAUCCCUUUUGUACAAAAGAUUUAUGCUUUUGUAAUUAAAGUACAAACUGAUAAUUCUA